AUGGCCCUGGCGAAACCGCCCUGGACAAGCAUUGGCACGCUCAGCGGAGCUGCCUGCGGUCCACGUGUGCAGCCUGAGCGGCUGCUGGGCUACGGCUGGGCACCAGGGAGCGAGGCCGGUGUGGAGGAGAAGGGAAAAGAAGAGUGGGAGAGCACCUUUAGAGAGAGCCAUGGCCGCGAUGGCCUGGCCGUGACCGCCUGCGCCGCCUUCCGCGCCGGGAGAGAUCGGCAGAAGCGGCGCUUGGAGAAGCGCCCGGCCGUGGCCAAGCGGCUACGCACAUGGAAGCGCAUGACAAGGAGCGUUCGAACCGGAUCCAAUGGGGCCAAGACAGCCGCCUUGGUCUUACAGGACCGGCGGCGCCGAGAACCGUCUGUCUCGGAGCAGUGGCGUCGCGUGCAGCCCAAGGCCGAGCCCGACGAAUUCCGGGUCACCAUCCGUCGCCCGGCAGCGGUCGUCGCGUCCCGUGGCGUCAUCCCCUUGUUGUUGGCGCAAGGGCUUUGGUCGGUCUUCGUGGUGUGCAUGCACCUGGUGACUGGUUGGAAGUUGCACAACUCCUCCAUCAUCCAUCCACUCCUUGUCGGAGUGCUGGGCUUGCUCUUGGCCUUCCGCACCAAUCAGGCUUAUGAGCGGCAUUGGAGCUGUGGCAAGACCCUGGCGGAGUUGCAGAAAGUGCUGCAGACCAUGCUCAGGUAUGCAGCGCAUUUGUCUAGAGAUGACUGGGAGAUCUACUCCUGCAUCGUCCGGCACUUGAUUGCCUUCCCUAUUGCGCUGAAGCAGCACCUGAAGCGCAGUCGCGACCCAGAGGAGUACAUGCGGAUUCUGGAGUACACGGAGAUCGAAGACGUCGUUCGCACCGGACGCCCGCAUACGCUCAUCCUCUCCAGCUUGUCCAUGCUCAUAAGGCCCUUACGUCAUCGGGAUGACGGCGAGGGGAAGAGCCUGGCGUUGUGGUCGCAGAUGGACAACUGCAUCACCCAGUUGCAGACGAUCUCCUGCAACCUGGACCUGGUGGUUCAGUUGCCUUUGCCAGCAAGCUAUACCGUCCACACCAGCCGUUUCAUUCGAUUAUGGAUCGGUACGUUGCCCUUCGUUCUGCUGGGCUUCAUUAAACCUGUGCUGGUGCCGGUGAUCGUGCUCCUGGUGGCGUGGGCGCUCUAUUCCACUGAGGAGUUGGCACAGAUCAUGGAGGAACCCUUUGGAGAUGAAACCGCAGGCGGCGCGGUUAAGGGGGGGGGUUCCCCCGAAGACUGGGGCGCCAUGGGGCGGAAAGCUGGCGCCAAGGGGUGGGAAGACGGAAGGACAAACGUGCCGAUGCCACCGUGA